AUGGCACAGACGACCAGUGGCCCUGCCGAUGGUGGAUCUGUUGGAGAUCCUCAUUUCAAAACCUGGGCUGGCAAGUGGUACGACUACCAUGGCAUUUGUGAUCUGGUGCUGCUCAAACUUGAUGACUUUGCCAAUGGUCAGGGCACGGACAUUGUCAUUCGUACUGCUGGUCGGGGCUCCUUCUCUUACAUUGAGACUGCUGCCAUCCGUAUUGGACAAGACAUCUUGGAAGUCACUGGAUGGGGUGCCUAUGCUGUCAAUGGAGUUGAACAUGCUGAUUUGCCCAUGGAUCUUGGUGGUUUUAAGUUUGAAAAGUGGUGGAGCAAUACAAAGAAGCCUGUCUUUAUGAUCCAUCUGGAUGGUGGUGAACACAUCAAGAUUAGCACCAAAAAAGAACUGGUCAGUGUCAAAGUGGAAAAUGCCACCCAAGCAACCUUUGGGGCUUCUGUUGGCUUGAUGGGAUCCUACAAUGAUGGUAUCUGGUUCGCCCGUGAUGGGGAAACUGUGAUGACAGAUCCCAUUGCCUUUGGUGAGGAAUGGCAAGUCUUGAACACAGAAGCAAACCUCUUUGAGAUGGACAGGUUCCCACAAUUCCCACAAAGGUGUCAACUGUCACAGGCCACAAGAACUGGGCGCCGCCGCCUUGGUGAAGCCAUUGCACAGGAAGCUGCAGAGGAGGCUUGUGCACAUUGGGAUGACGAGCACAUGGACCUGUGUGUUUUUGAUGUCUUGGCCACUGGGGACUUGGAGUUGGCUGAAUCAGGUGAUUAUUUCUAA